AACCUGCACCGGAGUAGACACGCGCUGCCCGACGGCCAGAGCGUAGCGCGCUUUGCUCUCAGCACGAUUGUCUCUCCGCGUGUUGACGGGCGAACCACGGGGUUGCCGUUCCGAGCCGGGGCACCGGGGGCCCGCGACAGAGUUCGCCGUUCUCUUUCCCGAAACGGCCGGUGCUCGCUAGCAAGAGAUGAUACCGCCCGAGACUCAGUUGAUGGUUGACUUUCACGUCGGUUGGUUCGCCGCACCGUCCAAUACAAAUUACAGCGACAGCGAUAGAGACACGGUAAAGCGUUCGGAUCGCGUUUAGGCCGUCGUUUUUAAAAACCGGAAUCGGCAAACCGGGCAUCUCGCUUCAAUUUCGCCACUUUCGCCAACCUGUGUGCCCUUGCGGGAAGUUACAGAUUAGAAAUUCGCAGCUCCAUGCAUUUCCCGUCCGUAGCGUGUUAAUCGAUCGUGCGUUACAAAAAAUUAAACCGCAAGGAGCACUGUAGCAGCAGCAGCAGCAACGACACGAUUAGUCAUACGUUUUUCCUGUCCCAUCAAAAACGCAAGCUCACCGAACAACAGCGAAACUGGACUUGCGGCUCUCAAGCGCGCAAUUCUAUAAUUAAAAUCCUUCCCACUCCGGCGGUGUGGUAAAAGAAGGAAGGAAGGAGCAACACCACACCAGCACACCAAGGAAUUCGUGUCGACAAUUUGGCAACGUCACACUAACACCCAGUGGUUGUUAUAUGUUUUUAUGUAUUUCCACCGGUCACGACAACCGACGACAACCGACGCCACGACGACAACGCCGGUGAUACGCGGUGGUUUGAGGUACUCUGGCCGGGGUCGACCGUGACCUUGUUUGGGUUGAAACCUUUUCCCCAGCCCCAAUUUCAUCGCCCCGAAAGUUGUUUCUGUGUGUCGGUGUGUGCCUGUGUGCUUAUCGGUAUAAUUUAACGGUCGGUUUUAUGUGCGUUUAACAAAAAAACAAAGGUCCAACGAAGAAUGUGUUUUAGGUCCCGCAUCACACUGGGCCGAAUGUAUGCAAACCACUGCACACUGCUGUCGCGGAUGUAGUAUAGAAAGUGUGUCCGAUCGUCCAGAGCGAUCGUCAGAGAACGGCACCGACGCGCACAUCAGAUCGGACUUUGUGGUCCACCAGUGCAUCCAGUCCGUUUGUUGCAAAUCUUCCACACAGACGAGACGAGGUUCUUUCUGGAGCACUGCGCACAAACGCACAGUCCAUGAAGCAUUGUGCUACAACUGCCGGCUAACGGAGUUCAGGGGAAGAAGAAAUAAUACAAAAAAACGACCCUAAGAGACCGAGCAGACCUAACGGGAAUAACAGCGCACCUCUUGCGCACGAAAGCAGAAACAACAGUGAGCUUCAACAAUAACGCGCCAAGAUCAUUCCCCAAUCGCUUGCAUCGCUUGGUUUGUGUGUGUGUGUGUCUUGAGUGUACCUGUACCUACUGUUGCUGGCCAAAUCCAAAUCCAAACACUCCAGAUCACGGCGUACUAAACUGCAGAAAGUAACAAAAUUCUACCGUAUUGCGACGCGAUCAAGAGCGCGAUCGUCGCGAUCUCUCAAGCUAUCUCCGGUUUUUGUGUGCUUGUUACAUAGGAUCGCGCAUGCCUCGGCAGUCACUGCGGGGCACCGGUGGCAAGUAAGAACACGGCAGAAGGGUACAAUAAAACAAAAUCCGCAAUUUCCCGCGCUCCAAUGGACAGGUUCUGCAGCAGACCCAACGGUAUGGUGGCCGUGGUAGCGUUGCUUCUAUUAUUUAUUGCAGAGCUGGACAAUGUUUCGGCAAUUAAGUGUUACCAUUGCACAGUGGCACCGCCGAGCCGGCAUCAAAACAACACCAAAACACAGUUAUGCUCCAAGUUUGACGAGUCGAGCUACUACGAGGUGGACUGUCCCUGGUCCACCAUGUGCAUGAAACGCAUUUUUAAGCUUAAACUUUUGAAGGGCGAACAGGAAACGGUGAGCCGUGGCUGUGCCCAGCAAAAGAACACGGAACAGGUUUACAAAUCCGGUGCCUGGACACCGCAGCACAACAUCGAAGAGCCGUACACGGAGGGUUGCCAAACGAUCGACGAUUCUACGUACUGCUUCUGCCGGGGGUCUCUCUGCAAUUCGGCCACGAAAACGUCCGACCGGGGCAACUACCAUGCGGACGCGAUGGCCGUAAUAUUUGUGUUCAACGUGAUGAAAUACAUCCGCACCAUAGAGCACUGAGCACAUGCUGGUCGUGGUGGUGGGCGAAUGAUGUUAACGUAUAUAUUAACGUAUAGUAGAAUGAUGAUCGACAGGUUUCAACAUCUGAUCAUAAAUGUGAUAUUGAAGUGCUGUCCGAACGGGGAUAAUACUUCACAAAAAUAUGCCUCGACUUUAAGUACGGCGAAAACUAAAUAGCGAUUUGUUGUACCGUUUUGCGAGUUUUGCACCACCAGCGAGAUUAUUAGCUGUAUGGAUCGUGCGGUGUGGAUGGACUAAAAAUAAAAUAGAAAAAAAACCAAAAACACUUA